AGAGCGCCGUUGCUAUUACUCCAUCGGCUCUCUCUCGGCUCUCCAUCUCACUAUCGACUCGCCAUCGGCUCUCCCACGCCAUGUUCGACUCUCUGCACAUCCUCAUCUUCUCGGAGCCCGUGCUGCUCUGGCUCCUGCUCUUCCUCCAGACCUCCUUGCGCGACGGCGAUUUCAAUCCCGGCAACUUUGCCGUCUACGUCUCUCACGCAUGGAGCUUGUUCCUGGAAGGCCGUGCUUUUUCCGAAACCAUCCUGGACAUUCCCGUCUUGUCGCUCGCCAAGGCCGCCAUCCUCAUCGCCGCUGCCAGCCUCGUGCAGGCGCCCCUCAGAGUCCGCAAGAUCGCCACGGGCACCAUCCUGACGCUGUUCACCCUCUAUGCAGCAUUCAAGUGGUGGCGGGUCAUCUCAGACCCGGAAGUGAUCGACUUUCCGCUCGUCUGGGCCACCACCUUCAUCUCGCUCUUUGUCGUCCACACCCUGACCUCGUUGUUCCUGAGCCUGCGUUAUGCCCUUGUGACGCCGCGCGUCAGCGAGCCAUCCGGCCAGAUCACCCUCGAGACCAACACGGCUCCGGCCAAGAGCAUUCCGUGGAAGCGCCUGGGUCGGUUGCUGUACCCGGACAUGGGACUCAUGAUCUGGGCGCUCAUCAACCUCUUGAUCAACAGCGGCACCUCGCUCCUCAUUCCCGACUACUUUGGACGGGUUGUGGACACCGUCUCCCGUGGCGGCUCGGAUUUGAAUCGCAUCAUGCUCGAGCUCGUCAUCGUCUUUGUCGUCGGCGCCAUUGCGGGCUUUAUUCGCGCAUACUACUUCACCCUCAUCGGCUACAGGAUUGUCAAGUCCCUGCGUAUCCAAACUUUUAACGCCAUCAUCGCCCAGGAAAUCGCCUACUUUGACGAAUCGGACACGGGCGAGCUUACCACUCGCCUCGCCAACGACACACAGUGUCUCCAGAACGGGCUCACGGUCAACAUCUCGAUGUUGGUCCGGUUCCUCGUCCAGGCCGUCGGCUCGAUGAUUAUUCUGUUUACCCUCAGUUGGAAGCUGACCCUGAUCAUGCUCGCAAUCGUCCCAGUCGUAGCCAUCGGGGCUCGGUUCUACGGAGACUAUAUUGGCGAUAUACAGGAAAAGUUCCAGGACAAACUCGCGCUCACUGGAUCCAUCGCUCAAGAGGUCAUCAGCCAGAUCCGGAUCGUCCGUUCUUUUGCCAAGGAGACCAGCGAGUCUCGUCGGUACAGCGAGGCUGUCGAAGAGACCCAUCGCGUGGGAGUUCAAAUUACCUUUGGACAGGCCGUGUUCACAGGACUGAUCGGACUCCUUCCCCAAGGCGUCAUCGCUAUCGUGCUUUACUACGGAGGCGUCAUGGUCAUGUCGGGCGAGAUCACCGGCGGACUCCUGACCUCGUUUCUCCUCUACACCCUCACCUUGGCAAUGUCCUUCAGUGUCAUUUCGGGUCUCUUUGGCGACUUCAUGCAGGCCAUCGGAGCCAGCCAGCGCAUUUUCCAGAUCCUCGAUCGCGUGCCUGCCAUUCCAAGUGAAGGAGGCAUCUCACUCUCGCGCUUCAGCGGCCGAAUCGACUUCAAAAACGUGUGCUUCACGUACCCGGCCCGCAAGGAUGCCCAGGUUCUCAAGGGAUUCUCGCUGUCGAUCGAGCCCGGCAAGGUGCUGGCUCUAGUUGGGCCCAGUGGGCAGGGCAAAUCGACUGUGAUGAGCUUGAUCCUGCGCUUCUACGAUUGCAACUCUGGGCAGAUUCUCCUUGACCAGAUGAGCGACCUGAAGCUCGUGGACCUCAAGUGGUACCGCAGCGUCAUAGGCUAUGUCAGCCAAGAGCCUGUGCUCUUCUCCGGAAGCAUCCGCGACAACAUCAUGUACGGAUGGCAAAACCGCAACCGCCCUCCCACUGAAGACGAGAUCGUCAGCGCCGCGAAGCAAGCCAACGCCCACGACUUCAUCACGCUGUUUCCUGAUGGAUACGCCACCACUGUUGGUGAGCGCGGCCUGAGACUUUCCGGCGGCCAAAAGCAGCGCAUCGCACUGGCGCGUGCGUUCCUGCUCAACCCCAAGAUCCUCCUACUUGACGAAGCCACAAGCGCCCUGGACACUGAGUCCGAGCGUCUGGUUCAGGAAGCCAUCGAUCGCGCGAUGGUGGGCCGCACCGUGGUCGUGAUCGCUCAUCGCUUGAGCACCGUCGUGAAUGCCGACAAGAUCGUUGUCAUCAAGGACGGCACGGUCGCCGAGAGCGGAACGCACAAGGAGCUCAUGGAGCUUGGCGAGCAGGAAGGCAGCGAAGGCGUCUACCGCCAGCUUGUUUUGAGACAAAUGAAGAACUAGAGAAUCGCCAGGAUCGAUUGUUAUCGCCAAGGCCGGUCCGGUGGCCCGUGACGCUGCAGCGACACCCUUUUUUUCAAACAUGUGGCCACGAUUCAGUAGCAACAACAUCAACAACAACAGCAGCAGUGAACCCGCUCGAAAUAAUGAUUCAGUGCUACACAUAUUUCUGAUCUUCUGAGCAUCCGGCACGUUGGGGGGGGGGAGGAUAGAACAACAGGGGCUCAGA